CACCACUUGCCGUCUGAAAGAUUGCAUGUUUGCUGUGUGACUCCUGCGGAGGAGACACUGUCAACAAGCAAGAGGGGACAAGAGGAACAAGAAGAAGAAGAAGAAGAAGAGGAGCAGAGGAGAAGAGACGAGGGGGGAGAAGGGAUUAUUAUGCUCCUCUGCUGAGCUGCUACUCAUCAGCAGAUCAUCACAAGAAGAACUUUUUUUUUACCACAAACAUCAACCUCCAGGCUGCAGGUUUGGAGCUGAUCCAGGAUGCAGCCCUACCUCGCCCUCCUGCUGGGGAUCGUGGCCUCAGCUGCAUCAGCAGUAUGGAGGCGUCCAGUGAUAAAGUUCAACUCCAAGGUGGUGGGGAGUUCCGAGGUGGUGGUGACACCCGGGAACCCUCUGGAUCUGAGGUGUGAGGGCGACGGGUACGUCAACUGGCAGACCAGGCUCACCAAACACAAACGCUUUGUGUCGAAGGGCAAUGGGAACGUCCGCACCUUGAAGGUGGAGCGUCCCUCUGGAGAAUUCACCGGAACGUACAAGUGCUAUUACACGGCCGGGUCCCUGCACGGUGGCCUGACCUCCUCAGUGCAUGUGUACGUACAAGAUGCAAUCCGUCUGUUCUGGACCAGCAGCACAUCCCUGCGGGUGGUGAAGAAAGAGGGUGAGGACUACCUGCUGCCCUGCCUGCUCACCAACCCGGCCGCCACACACCUGGGCCUCCGCAUGGACAACGGCACCAGCGUGCCGCCAGGCAUGAACUUCACCGUCGACCGGCACCGUGGUAUUCUCAUCCACAACCUGCACCCCAGCUUCAACGCUGACUAUGUCUGCACAGCCAGGGUCAACGGAGUGGAGAGGACGUCCAAGGCCUUUUCCAUCAACGUCAUUCAAAAGCUUCGUUUCCCUCCUUACGUCUUCUUGGAGACGGAUGAGUACGUGCGCAUCGCCGGGGAGGAACUGAAGAUUCGCUGCACCACACACAACCCCAACUUCAACUACAACGUCACCUGGAAAUCCACAACUAAGUCGAAACCAACCAUUGAGGAGCGGGUUCGCUCCAGUGGAGAAAAUCGCCUGGACAUACAGAGCAUACUGACCAUCUCCACCGUGGACCUCGCAGACACGGGGAACAUUUCCUGCAUUGGUACCAAUGAAGCAGGGGUGAACAGCUCAACCACGUACCUGCUGGUUGUGGACAAACCCUACAUCAGGCUGCUGCCCCAGCUGUCCCCUAAACUGUCCCGCCAGGGUCUCUUGGUGGAGGUGAACGAGGGAGAAGACCUGGAGCUCACCGUUCUCAUCGAAGCGUAUCCUCACAUCGUGGAGCACAGGUGGCACACGCCAACGUCUCCCAACACGUCCACACAUGAGCAGAGGUUCAUCCAAUAUAACAACAGAUACCAUGCAACUCUGCAGCUGAAGAGAAUGAACGCACAGGAGCAGGGCCAGUACACCUUUUAUGCCAGGAGCAACUUGGCCAAUGCAUCCGUCACGUUCCAAGUCCAAAUGUAUCAGAGACCUGUUGCUGUGGUGAGAUGGGAAAAUGUAACCACACUCACUUGCACUUCAUAUGGAUACCCCGCGCCAAGAAUCAUCUGGUACCAGUGCUUUGGGAUACGGCCUACGUGCAAUGAGAACACCUCGGGGCUGCAGUUGGCGAUCCCUCUCCAGGCUCCCACCGUGGAGCUUCAGAGGGAGGAGUACGGCGCCGUGGAGGUGGAGAGCGUCCUCACCGUGGGGCCGUCCACUCAGAGGAUGACGGUGGAGUGCGUGGCCUUCAACCUCGUCGGCGUCAGCAGCGACACUUUCGCCAUGGAGGUCUCCGAUAAGCUCUUCACUUCCACUCUGACUGGAGCCGCCGGAAUCCUGGCCAUCCUCCUGCUGCUGCUGGUUUUCCUCUUUUACAAAUACAAACAAAAACCCAGGUACGAGAUCCGCUGGAAGAUCAUCGAGGCCAGAGAUGGAAACAACUACACCUUCAUUGACCCCGCCCAGCUGCCGUACAACGAGAAGUGGGAGUUCCCACGAGACAAGCUGAAGCUAGGAAAGAUCCUGGGCGCUGGAGCUUUCGGGAAGGUCGUCGAGGCCACAGCUUACGGUCUGGGAAAGGAAGACAACGUUUUGCGUGUGGCUGUGAAAAUGCUGAAAGCCAGUGCCCAUUCCGAUGAGAGAGAGGCCCUGAUGUCUGAGCUGAAGAUCCUGAGUCACCUGGGACACCACAAGAACAUCGUCAAUCUGCUGGGAGCCUGCACCUAUGGGGGACCAGUGCUUGUGAUCACGGAGUACUGCAGCCUCGGCGACCUCCUGAACUUCCUUCGCCAGAAGGCCCAGACGUUUGAGAAUUUUGUCAUGAACACGCCCGACAUCAUGGAGAGCUCUAGCGACUACAAGAACAUCUGCAAUCAGAAGCAUUUCAUCAGGAGUGACAGCGGGAUCUCCAGCGAGGUAUCGAGCAGCUACAUGGAGAUGAGGCCCAGCCAGCCGCAAAGUAUGGAGCCAACUCAGGACACUGUGUGUGAGGAGACGGGCGACUGGCCCAUGGACAUCGACGACUUGCUGAGGUUUUCUUUUCAAGUGGCUCAGGGCCUCGACUUUCUAGCUGCCAAAAAUUGUAUUCACAGAGACGUGGCUGCCAGAAACGUCCUGUUGACCAACCUCAGAGAGGCCAAGAUCUGUGACUUCGGCCUGGCUCGGGACAUCAUGAAUGACUCCAACUACGUGGUGAAGGGCAACGCGCGUCUGCCAGUGAAGUGGAUGGCUCCGGAGAGCAUUUUCGACUGUGUGUACACGGUGCAGAGCGAUGUGUGGUCCUAUGGAAUCCUCCUGUGGGAAAUCUUCUCUCUAGGCAAGAGCCCGUACCCCAGCAUGGCAGUGGACUCCAGGUUCUACAAGAUGGUGAAGCGCGGCUACCAGAUGUGCCAACCUGACUUUGCCCCACCUGAAAUCUACGGGAUCAUGAAGAUGUGCUGGCACCUGGAGCCCACGGAGCGCCCCACGUUCAGCAAGAUCAGCCAGAUGAUAGAGAGGCUACUUGGGGACCAGCCCGAGCAGGAGCAGCUAAUCUACCAGAAUGUUCAGCAGCAGGUCACAGAGGGUGAAGUGUGUGACGAGUCCAAGUGCUGUAACGGCCCCUGUGACCAGUCUUGUGACCACGAGGAAGAAGAGCAGCCUCUGAUGAAGACCAACAACUACCAGUUCUGUUGAGCCCGGCUCCGGACCACCACCAAGAACUGACCCGAAAUCAAUCGCUCAAUUGACGUCAAGCCUUCAGGAGAACGGGAUAAGCUGCAGUCUGUGGCCCGAGCGCGACAGCUUGUUCCAGCCGCUGCACGGUCGCAGAGUGUCGCCUCCACAGCUAUUUUCUGCUGCUUGUGCCCGAGCGCCAGACAGACCAGCAGCUGCAGUGAGCAUGUGACUUGCUUCUUUGCAGACCAUGACUAGAAACUGCCGCGUCUCACACCGACUGCAGACGGGAAAGCAGGAAACAUGUCGACAAAAACACACAAACAUCUCCAGCAGUGCCUCGCCCUAAACGCUACGCCCUCACGCACUCUUUAUUAUUCCCCUGAGAUGUAUUUUCUGCAUAAUCAAGAAGACAAUUUGUCCUUUGUUCCGUGUUCUUAAUUAUACAUUGUACACCAUGUUUAUCACUCUUUUUUUUUUUUUUUUUACUACUGCCCUCGAGAGUGCAUGUGUUGUUCCAGCUCAGUCACUUUAGUCAGCAGCUUCACUUCCUUUUCAUCGUUGUAUGCUUUUCUCAGUGGAAGCAGCCAGAAAGUCGGGAACACUGGAGCCAUUGAGCCACGUUUUCAUGUGGUGCAGACGAACCCGAUUUCAUUCCCCAAUCACCUUAAUUGAACAUCUGAACAGUGCAAGUGUUUCUCCCUCCCCUGGUUGAAGCGCGCCGAAUCAGCCAUGGAGAAGGCGAAGAAGGACCACGUUGUUUUCCCCCUUUAUGCUUUGAUCAGAGCUGCAUUUCUUGUGACACACUUACAGUAGCUGUCAGUUGGUGGCAACAUGUGAUUGUUCCACUUCAGUCUAAUUAAUUAACCAGUGUUUAGUCUGAUUUAGGAGCAGGGAAUACAACUGAACUGAGCAGGGAAAUCGGUGGAUCCACGAUGGAUCAGACGAACUAUGUUUCAGCUCUGAAAAUGUGAACGUUGUUAUUAUUAUCAUUAUUACUAUUACGUGUGUGGCACAACUUAAUCUUCUCAUUUCCUGUAAAGCUAGAAGAGUGUUACGCUUCACUGAUGUCUAUAUGUAGCGGUCAGCCUUCACUGCCAUCAGCCUUCACUGCCAUCUGUAUGAACGUUUUAAGAAUAGUAUAUAAGCUAUGUGAGAGAUACAGACGUUUCACUCGUGCUUGCACCUGAAUGCAGCACGAGUGACACGCCUGAUAAUGUAUAUAUCUCGUGAUGUAAAUCAAGUGUCCACUUUAUUUUCGCCGAGACAUUGUGGAGAAGAUACUAGUGCGUCAAUAUUUCAUAUGCUGUAUGUGUUGUGUGUUUUUUUUUUUGGAGCAAACAUGACAAUCAAUGCAAAACCUGCCAAUUAAAAUCAGCGAAAAACUGCAGAGGUGUUGAAUAAAGCUUUACUCUUGAAGUUUA